AUGGAAAAAACAUUUAAAGAAGUUCUUGAACCAAAAAUCAGAGCAAGGAAUGUACAUCUGAAAACAUGCACCUUUACCAAGAUCCACUUUGGCGAGAAGUGCCCUAGAAUCAACGGAAUAAAAGCCUACACUAAAGAGAUCAACAGAAGACAAAUUAUCCUAGACCUGCAGAUAUGUUACGUAGGAGACUGUGAGAUUCACAUGGACAUAUCGAAAUUUAAUCUUGGAGUGAAAGGUGUACAGUUGUAUGGGACGUUGCGGGUGAUAUUGGAACCUCUUCUAACUGAUGCACCUUUUAUUGGAGCGGUGACCUUGUUUUUUAUGCAGAAACCGCACUUGGAAAUCAACUGGGCAGGCAUGAGCAACGUCCUGGAUGUCCCAGGGAUUAAUGUAGUGUCAGACUCGCUCAUUCAAGACUUCAUUGCUGCACGGCUGGUUUUGCCGAACAGGAUCACAGUGCCUCUGAAAAAGAACGUGAACAUCGCCCACUUGAGGUUCCCUAUCCCACAUGGAGUAAUAAGGGUUCAUCUGCUAGAAGCCGAAAACCUUGUCCAGAAAGACAGUUUCCUUGGUGCAAUCAGAGGGAAGUCUGACCCGUAUGCUCUUCUUCGUGUUGGCACGGUGCAGUAUCGCAGCAAGACAGUUUCCCGAGAUCUUAAUCCCAUUUGGAAUGAGACGUUUGAGUUUGUUGUUCAUGAAGUGCCUGGUCAGGACUUAGAAGUGGACUUGUACGAUGAAGAUCCAGAUAAAGAUGACUUUAUGGGCAGCUUGCUUAUAAGCCUAGUGGAUGUAAUGAAUGACAGAAUUGUUGAUGAGUGGUUUCCCUUAAGUAAGACAACAAGCGGACAUUUGCAUUUAAAACUGGAGUGGCUUUCACUAGUAAAUGACCAAGAAAAUCUGCAUGAGGAUAAGAAGGGUCUGUCUACAGCUAUUCUGAUAGUCUACUUGGACAGUGCCUUCAACCUUCCAAAAAACCACUUUGAAUAUUCGAAUGGUGAAUGUGGAGCAAAGAAGAUAAAAAAUAACAAGUACCUCAAGAAGAUGGAACGAGAACCUUCCUCCUUUGUCCUGCUCACAGUAGGAAACAAGACUCAGAAAAGCAAGACCUGCAAUUUCAGCAAAGAUCCCACCUGGGGCCAGGCUUUCACCUUCUUUGUCCACAGUGCUCAUUCCCAGUCACUCCAUGUCGAGAUAAAAGACAAAGAUCGGGAUAGUGCCCUGGGAACUUCAGUGGUAUGUCUCUCCCACUUACUUAAGGACCCAAACAUGACUGUGGAUCAGAGAUUUCAGCUGGAUCAUUCCAGUCCAGACAGCUUCAUUAAGAUGAAACUUGUGUUGCGGGCUUUGAAUGUUGAAGAACCUGAUCCACAAAGAGUCAAGGCUGGUGUCAAUGCCUCGAAGCAAGGUCCUGUGCAUGUCAUGGAGAAGGGUGGAAACGAGCAAAAGUUUGCAUCUGCACCAAAACCAGAAGCUUCAAAAGUACCUCCUGUGAGCAAAGACUCUGCAGCACUUGAAUCCCUGCCAAAAAAGGACAGCAGAGAAGACUUGGACACAAAUGACAGUUCGGCAGCACCAAGUGAAACUGAUGUUGGCCUUAAUGAGACAGAGCAUGAGCAAAAUCCAGAGCAUCACCCACUGUCAGUGCAGCAUACGAGAGUGGCAGUAGCGCCCACGUUGCCAGUCGUACAGGAACUGAGGCUUGCGCCCAGUGUUGCUUCACUGGGUUCUCUGCCUUCUUCUUGCUUUGAAUUAAGUAGCAGCAAUCUGGACCUUCAUAACGGGAUGGAAAUGCCUCUGGGAGAGAUUCAGCUCACCGUGCGCUACGCUUCAGUACGGCAGAGCCUCGUCGUGCUGGUGAACAGCUGCAGAAACUUAGUACCCUCUUCCAAUCGUGGAGUAGAUCCAUAUGUUCGUAUAUACCUGCUUCCAGAUAGAAGAUGGGCAAGCAGGAAGAAGACAUCCGUUAAGAAAAAAACUCUGAACCCCCAAUACGAUGAGAAGUUUGAAUUUUUUGAAUCUUUGGAAGAUGUCAAGAAAAGGACACUGGACAUUGCAGUGAAAAACAGCAAGCCAUUCAUUUCACAGGACAGGAAGGAGCUGGGGAAGGUGCGGAUUGACUUGUCACAGGAGGACUUAAUAAAAGGUUUUGCACAAUGGUAUGAGCUGACAAGGAACAGACGCAAGAAAAUCUGA